AUGUUUCUCCCCUUCGUGUCCUCAUGUUUCUCCCCUUCGUGUCUUCAUGUUUCUCCCCUUCGUGUCUUCAUGUUUCUCCCCUUCGUGUCUUCAUGCUUCUCCCCUUCGUGUCUUCAUGUUUCUACCCUUCGUGUCUUCAUGUUUCUCCCACCUCCCCCCUUUCUCCUGCAGCCCAUCUUCCUGACUCCCACAGCCUACCGAGUCUCUGGCCCCGUUUUCCUCAACACGUCCCUUUGGUUAUACUCUUUCUCUCUCUUUCUCUCUCUUUCUCCUCUCUCUCCCCUCUGUCUGCUGCAGCCCAUCAUCCUGACUCCCACGGCCUAUCGAGUCUCUGGCCCCGUUUUCCUCAACACCUCCCUCCUCCCGCCAUCGCUCUCCCACCUUUCUCUCGAAGCAAGCAUUGUCGCACGCAUCAGUGGGAAUGGCGGUGGGGGUGACAGCUACGGCUCUCUCUCAGUGCGCCGCCCACCAUCCAGGGAGGACCCUCUGGCAAUUUAUGAGCAGUCCUAUUGGCUUGAACCACACGCCAGUCUCGUGCUCUCUCUCCACCACUCGGGCUUCCCAUCCGCACCUCUCACACUCUCAUCCACUGCUGAUGCUGCUGCUAGUGCUGCUGCUAGUGCUGCUGCUAGUGCUGCUGCUAGUGAUGAUGCUGCUGCUGAUGUUAAUGCUGGGGAGGUGGAAGCAGGGGAGGUGGAUAUUAGGGAGGUGGAUUUAGGGGAGGGGUGGGAGCAGGAAGUGCAGGGGGGGCAAGAAUUUGGCGAGGGAAACUUGGAAGCAGGGAUUUCGUCUGCAAGGUCCGAGAAUUCCAAAGAAAACCCUUCCCCAGAUGGCACCUUCCCCUACCCACCAACCCCGCGGCUCCUCUUUUACCCUUCAGCCAUCCCUGCGCGAUUCGAGCCCUUCACAUGCCCGUCGCCCCUCCCUCCAGUCUAUGCCCGUCCAGGUCUCUUCCUCACAGCAAGAAUCACCCCCGCGCUGCCAGGUGUCAACGUCUCAGUGGUUGCUGACUCAGCAAGUGACGCAGGGGGUUGGAAGGCAGGGGAGUUGGUGGGAUGGCGGUUGACAGAGGGGUGGCACGGAGUAGAAAAGGGGAGGAGGGAUUUGGGGGAGAGUGAUGGGGAGGAGGGAAGAGUAGCAGGGGCGGGGAUGGAGGGGGAGGAUAAUACAGAGGAGGUUGUGCUGGGUCCGCUGUACGACGAUGCAAGCUACCACGUGGAGCUGAGUAAGGUGGGUUACAGUGGAGGUGCAUUGGGAUGGUUGAGUGGCUGUUUUGUGUCAGUGGCUUGGGUUGGGAAGGGAGGAUGA